AUGGAGUCAAGGUCACACCUCACCCAGGCUGAGCUCAACGCCGCCGCCCUCGACCACUUCGUCUACCAACCAGUCAGCAAGUCGAUGAUUUCCUACCUGGCCGGCGCCGCCUUCAAUGUCAUCUCCUGCGACAGCGCCCUCAUGCCUCCCGCUUCCGCCGAGGCCUACCGUCAACAACAGCUUCCCCCGACACCGCCAAGGACACCCGAGCCCCGCGCUGUUCGCACCGAAGACGCCGACCUCCCCACCCUCGAGGCCUUCAUCACCCAGCUUGUUGUCUCUUCCAACGUCCAGGUCCCGACGCUCAUGUCCACCCUGGUCUACCUCACCAGACUCAAGUCCCGCCUGCAACCCAUGGCCCGCGGUCUGCGAUGCACCACCCACCGCAUCUUCCUUGCCGCUCUCAUCCUCACUGCCAAGUACCUCAACGACAGCUCACCCAAGAACAAGCACUGGGCCACCUACAGCCACGUCAACAACGACCUGUCCAACUUUGGCUUCAGCAGGACAGAGGUUAACCUGAUGGAGAAGCAGCUUCUGUUCCUUCUGGACUGGGACCUGAGGAUCACCGAGGAGGACCUCUACCGCGAGCUCGACCCCUUCCUGGCGCCCAUCCGCGCCGAGAUCGAGGCUAAGCACGCUCGUCGCAUUGCUCGCCGCCGCAAGCAGGAGGAGGAGAUGCGCAAGAGGCAGGAGGAGAUGAUCGCCAUGCAGUCCUACCCCAGCCCGCCAUCCUCGCGCGCCAGCUCUCGCUCGCGACAGGAGACUCCCGACCACGCUCGCUCAUACAGCGGCGCCUCCAUCACACCACCCGGCCUUUGCUACAGCAGCAGCUAUGGCAGUUCCAUCAGCUCUUACGCUCCUUCUGUCGCAUCUAGCCGGUCUCAGUCCCGCGCCACCACCCCGCUCGACAACCCCGCCGAGGAGCCCUACAUCUUGUACGAGUCUCCCGUGGAAGUGCACAUCGAGCAGCCCGCAUCAACACUGCCGAAGCGCAAGCCUCUCCUCCCGUACGAGAUCAGCACCGAGGAGCUGCGCGACAUGCAAGACGGCACCAAGGCGAAGAGGGCACGCAUGGGACGUGGCAUGUGGGGCCGCGUCUUCGGUGGUGCGGUGACAGUGCGGUAG